UAUAUGAGGGGCGGGGAUUCCUUUGCAGCAGGCUAACAAUAGCCUGGCGGGGCUUGGCAAGUUUAUCGUCCUUAAAAAAAAAAAAGAAAAGAAAGAAAGAAAGCCCUCGGAGGAGGAGGAGGAGGAGGAGGAGGAGGGCGACAGAGCGGAGCAGGUCCGAGCCGACGGCGGAGCGGAGUUAGCUGGAUACACUAGACGGCACGACCCGGUAUCGGAACACCGCAUUUCUGGGAUUUACAAGCUGCAGGUUGAAUCUGUCUGCUUUCUGCAGGAGGAGCGACCCACACAACGUUAGCAGGAGCGUCCGACUGCAGCGUCUCUGAAGAUGUCCGACAAUGGGGAGGUUGAGGACAAGCCCCCUGCUCCUCCCAUGAGAAACACCAGCACCCUGAUUGGUUCCUGCAACAAGGACCCCGCCCCCCUCAACCAUGGCUCCAAGCCCCUCCCACCAAACCCAGAAGACAAAAAAAAGAAGGACCGCUCCAUUCGAUUCAUCCUGACAGGGGGAGGCGAUAAGACCUAUAAGAAGAAGGAGCGUCCAGAGAUUUCACUGCCGUCCGACUUCGAGCACACCAUCCACGUUGGCUUUGACGCAGUCACCGGGGAGUUUACGGGGAUGCCAGAGCAGUGGGCCCGACUCCUACAGACGUCCAACAUCACCAAACUGGAGCAGAAAAAGAAUCCUCAAGCCGUCCUCGAUGUUUUAAAGUUCUACGACUCAAAGGAAACGGCUAACAGCCAGAAAUACAUGAGCUUCACAGAUAAGAACACAGAUGCCUACAACUCGUCCACCACGACGAGCUCCAAGGCCGUGUCAGAGACGCCCGCCGUAGCAACAGUGUCUGAGGAUGAAGAAGAAGAUGAGGCCGAGCCCCCGCCUGUGGUUGCCCCCCGCCCUGAACACACUAAAUCAAUCUACACUCGUUCAGUGAUCGAGCCUCUUCCUCCUCCUUCGACCAAAGAUGCGGCCACCUCCCCCAUCUCCCCACCAACCGCCGCCGCCGUCACCCCACCACCCCCCUCAGAGGCGGCCCCCGGCAGCCCUCCCAGCGCAAGCCCCGCCCCCGGUCCAUCCCUGCCCCGCUCGCAAGACAAAACGAAAAAGAAGAAAAUGUCCGACGAGGAGAUCCUGGAGAAGCUGCGGACAAUCGUCAGCGUGGGAGACCCCAAGAAGAAAUAUACACGCUUUGAGAAGAUCGGACAGGGGGCCUCUGGAACCGUUUACACGGCAAUAGACAUCGCCACGGGACAGGAGGUUGCCAUUAAACAGAUGAACUUACAGCAACAGCCCAAGAAGGAACUCAUCAUCAACGAGAUUCUGGUGAUGAGGGAAAACAAGAACCCGAACAUUGUCAACUACCUGGACAGCUACCUGGUUGGAGACGAGCUCUGGGUGGUGAUGGAGUACCUGGCCGGAGGUUCUCUGACAGAUGUUGUGACAGAAACCUGCAUGGAUGAAGCUCAGAUCGCUGCCGUGUGCAGAGAGUGUCUGCAGGCGUUGGAGUUCCUCCACUCGAACCAGGUGAUCCAUCGAGACAUCAAGAGUGACAACAUCCUGCUGGGGAUGGACGGCUCCGUCAAGCUCACUGACUUCGGGUUCUGCGCCCAGAUCACUCCGGAGCAGAGCAAGCGCAGCACCAUGGUCGGGACUCCAUACUGGAUGGCUCCGGAGGUGGUGACCCGAAAAGCCUACGGUCCCAAAGUGGACAUCUGGUCCCUGGGCAUCAUGGCCAUCGAGAUGGUGGAGGGAGAACCGCCGUACCUGAACGAGAACCCACUCAGGGCGCUGUAUCUAAUAGCAACCAACGGCACGCCAGAACUGCAGAACCCAGAGAAACUCUCGACAACAUUUAGAGAUUUCCUGAACCGAUGUCUGGAGAUGGACGUGGAGAAGAGGGGGUCCGCUAAAGAGCUGCUGCAGCAUCAGUUUUUGAAGAUGGCGAAGCCUCUUUCCAGCCUGACUCCUCUCAUUCUGGCAGCCAAAGAGGCAGCCAAGAACAACCGUUAGCUUUGCACUCGUCGUCUGCCUGUGCGUCCUGGGUGUUCAUGUCCCGGCGAGGUCGAGGUGGUUCCCCAAACCCCCCCCCGCUCCUUCCUCUUUCAGUGUUUUCUUAACUUGCUGCAUUUGCUCCCAUCACUUUGAACUUUGACCCUGGGCUCUGAAGCCACACCCCUCCA